GUAAAGCCUUUGAAAAGGAAUCUUUAAAAUUUUAUAAUCCAAUUAAUCAACUAGUUUUACAAGAAGUUCAGUUUAACAUUCAAGAUAAGAAUUACUUGAUUAAUUAUUAUAAAGAAAAUGAAAACCAAUGUAUUGAUACAUUUGUAAAAGUUAUUAAUAAAGGUUCUAUUUCUCAAAAUGUUUACAGAAAUCUAGCUACACUUCAAUCUGACCUACUACAAGAUUAUAAUAUCUCAAAUGCUAAAAAAAAAAUCAAUUUAGAAAUGAAUAAAGAAAUUCUAAUCUUUAUUUUAGAUCUUGAGAAUAUUUUUAUUAUAGCAAAUAAUAAAAUAUUUUAUAUUAGUGAUCAGAACAUUGAGGAUGCAAUGUUAAAAUAUGUUGAAAAAGCAGAAUAUAAAAGAAUCAUAGACAUUUUGCUUUUCAUUAUUCUAAGUCUCAUAGAAUAA